AUGGAUGAUGGCAGAAGUCCUCCAAGAGGAAGGAUUAAUGAAGAUGGCGACAGCUUCGAUAGAUAUGAAGACGAUCCAUCAAAUAGUCGUGAUAGAGACGACCCCUCUCCUCGCAGCCGGAGUCGUCAUUCUCGAAGCCUCGGCCAGAGAGGACACAGCGAUGAAGAAUCUGGCGACUACAAUGACGACUCCCAUGAUGAUCAAUACGAUGAUGAUUCCAGGGACCACAAUGAUUACUCUGAUAGCAAAGAUGAUCCACAAGGAAGAUCUGACGAUGAAGAUCACAAACAUGAUGAAGACAGGAAGGAUGAAGAUUUCGAAGAAGAAGAAAAGAAGGAAAAUGAACAACAAGAUGAAAACAAGGAAAAUGAAGAAGAAAAGAAGGACGAAGAAGCCAAAGAAGAAGAAAUUGAAGACCUUGAAGAAGUUGAGCAAGCUCCUCUCAUUCCAAAAUCAGUAGUUUACUCAAGAGAAAGAUCUUAUUGGUUAGCUCAUCGAGAUCGAGCCGUUCUUGAGCAACAAGUUAUGGAUCUACCUGAAAAGACAGAGCUUGUAAUGGAGCGGACUAAAAAUCAAGCUGAUAGUGAAGCUUCUGGAUUCUUAUCCAAACUUCAAAAUGAUGGAAUUUAUAAAAUUGGCACAACAGAGGGUAUUGUUACCCCUACACUGACAAAACCAAUUGAUUUAACAAACAGGCAACCUCAUCGUUUGAAGGUCAGGAGUGCAAUUCUAUGCGAAAGGUUGAAUUCUCUUAAGAAGAAGCAUUUCAAACUGGAAAUAAUUUUGGGAAAGAUCAUCCUAAGAGAUCAUAAACUCUUCAUUAAUGAAGAUCAUGAAGCUAUCAAAUUAAAAGAGCUUCAUGAAGAAUUUGAAAGAGUUGUUGGUCUCGGAAUGAUCCCAUUCUACAAAUCCAGACUUGACGAACUCCAAAAAGAUCUUUACAAAGCUGAAGACAAUCGAAAAGUUGAUGAAGAUCACGUGAAGUUUCUUAAAGCCACUAUUAAGGAUAUCAAGAAACGUAGGAAUCAAGAGAAAAAGAAAGUCAAGAACCUCGGUAUUGCACUCUAUGAAAAAUGGAUUAAAAUUCAGAAGAUCAGGAAAGACAAUGAUUUUCAGAGCACAACAGUUGAACUCAAGGCGAGAGAGCAUAAACUUCCAGAUAGGAAAACUGAAAUUAUUUUCUACCUGAACAGAACUGAGCCUCAGAAGAAGACAAUUUCUGGUAAAUCAAUGCCUCCAAAAGAAAAAAGUAGAAGGAAUCAGAUUAAGAAUCUUCAGGCUAAAAUUGAACUCUACGUAAACGACAAAAAGGUUGAUACUACAAAUCCUGAAAAGGUAUCCUGGCCCAACUUUGAAGCUGAAUUCGGAGAAAGAUUCUUACUGUUCCUCUACACAAUGCCUAAAUCUAUAGAACUAAGAAUUAUUCUGGAAGGGGACGAGGUCUGUCGGAUUCCAGUAGAAAUUCCUGGAACCAAAGUGGAAUCCCUAACUUCAUCCUAUGCGAUCAGUAAGGAGGUCAAGUUUAGCAAGCAAGAUUACAGAGCCCAGCAAAGGUACGAUAUUUUCGUAAAAGAUGGGAAAAUUGACCCGCUCAAAAUUCAAGAGCAACAACAAAAAUAUGAAGAGUAUCUUACAAGGACCAAAAAGAAGGAAGAGGAGAAAAAAGAAGAAAAUAAAGAGCCUGCUGUAGCAGAGCCAAAUAAUGCUCCAGCAGCAGCUGCUCCAAAGGCUGAGAAGCCUCCUCCAAAUCCUGCAAAUAAUAAGUACAUUAAAAUGGUGGAAGAUUUAAAGAAGGGUCAUGAUGUAAGAGGACUUCUUUAUUUCAAGACUGAGUGGAAAGAAGAUGGUUCCAGAAUGCCCCCUGCUAUCAGAAUCUUACUUGAAAAAGAACAUCAAAAUGAAGAUCCUGAAGAUACAGAAAUUCCAAAAUCUAAGAUCAUUGAUGUAAAUGACCCAAAGUAUAAGUCCUUAGUCAAGGCACAGAAAGAAAAUAAUGAGAAUUUGAGGAGAUUAAUCCAAAGAGAUUCUUUGAACCCACUGCAUGAUUUGGAGCCAUUCAGACAUAUUCAGUUGAUUAACCAAGAUACUCACUAUGAGUUGGUCAAUCUUGACAUCCCCAUGUUAGAACAAGAAGUUGUAAAUGACCCGACUCUUUCAUAUCUGAUUGAGAAAUUUUCAAAGCUUGGUGCUCAACAGACUUAUGACCAGAUGCUGAAAGAGGUUAAGAGCUACUCAGGCACUGAAAGGCUCCAAGAUAUGAGCAAGGAUGUUCUAGAGAGAAGGCAGAAGUUCAUGGAGAAAAUUAAGAGAGUUCAGAAAGACAUCAAGACUGGUAAAAACAAGCCUAAUAUCAACUAUAACAGCAUCAUUGAGGAAGAAGGUGGAAUUGAUGCCAAAAAUCCAUGUGCAGGGCUUGCUGCAAAGGUUUUCGCACCAAGAAGGAAACUCAGGCCUAAGAUCACAGAAAAGCCAGCUAUUUCAAUAGGUCAAUGUAGCAAGGCUAAUCUUAGAGUCCAGAUCAUGAGCGGGAUCAACAUCCCUGUCAGGAACGAAAGUAUCCGUGCUAUAGAGAAUAUGAAUAGAGCUAUUAACGAAAACAAUCAGAAUCCUGGACUUAGAAAUGCACCAGGAAGAGCUGGAGCUCCAAAUCCCUCUCUAGGAGGCCCUCAGAAUGAUCCCUACGGAGGUCUUAAUAACUCUUACCUUGGAGGCCAGUAUGAUAGACGCUCUCGUACAGGCUAUGAUAAUUAUGCAAGACCAUUGGAUCAGACAGGAAGAGAUUACGACAGAGAUCCAAGACUUGGAGGAACUGAUCCCUACGGAAGAAACCAAAGAGAUAGAACACCCCCGCCAUACUCUGGCUAUGGUAGUGUUGCGAAUCCUUAUGACAAUCAGCCAGGCCAUUAUGGAGGAAUUAAUCAGCCGAGAGGUCCAGUUGGAGGAAUGGGUGCUCUUCAGAAAGCCCAGAUGGAGCUCACUGGAUUCAAUAAACUAAUCCAAGGAUCUGUCUUCAUCGAAGUAAGACUUGUUAGCAGUAGAAGGAACUCAGAAAGACCACAAACAAAAUCAACCAGAGAAUGAAACGGAAGUUUCCCUGAUUGGAAUGAAACUUUAAAUUUUGAAAUUCUCCCAGCUAAUGGGUCCAAACUCACUGAGGAAGAACUUGUAAAUGGGGAUGACACCUUGUACUUCAGUAUAUUCGACAAAUAUGAAAGUGAGAAAAGAGUUAUUCUGACUAAUAAACACGAAAUUACAGUUGAAAACAAGUUCCUUGGAUCGUUCAGUGUCCCAUUAAUGAGUGUUCUCCAAAAUACUCCAAAGCUAGAGGGUCAUAUCAGAGUUGAUAGACCUUUGAAUCUUCAAGGAUAUGGAAUGCUUCCUUCAGGAAUGCUCAGCUCUAAUAUUUUUAAGGGAGAGAUUGAUACUGACUUACUUCCAACUUACGUCUCGGUGUCUAUAAAUAUAGAUCCUCUUCUUGAAUUACCUGCAGAGAAUGAAUUCGAUUUUUACCCAGGAGGAGAAGAUGCUAAAUUACUUAGAGGAGGGGCUCUCUGGGCCAAUACAUACAGAGCCAGAAAGAAAGGUCCUCCAAUCAUUGUUAAAUGAUUCGGUGAAAAUGUUGAAAGAAAGAGUAUCCUUCUUUGAAGAUACCUUGCCUCCCAGGCUCCUCCCAGAGAUCUCAUUGAUCUUGCAAAUGGACCUAUAGAGGAUGAAAAAUUUGCCAUUCAAAAAGCUGCAAGAUUUGUGUCAUUAAUCCCGUUCAUUAAUGACAACACAGCCAUAGACCUUCUACCUGAUGUCUGGUGUACGUCCCAAGAGUUCUUAGACUUCAAUGGAGGUGACUACGAAGAGCAUGCAAUCCUGCUCUGUAAUUACUUCAACUAUAUCGACGGAAUCCUUAAUGAAGGAAAAGUCAAAAGUUACCUAAUUCUUGGAAAUGCAGUUCCAGAGGGAUACACAACCUAUGUCUUGAGAAGAAAUCUCGAGAAUAACCAUGUGGAGGUCUGGGACUCAAUCCGUGGCCAAGCUUACUUCUUUGGGAGAGGAAUGAAGACUAACUAUUGCUGUUGGUGUUUCCCAAUUUCAAAAGGAUUCAGAAACAAGUCUGAAAAUAACAAGGAAGAAGAUGAGAACUUCAUUGUCCAACAGAAUGUCACUUGCCAGUUAAAGUCUAUCGGAUGCAUUAUCGGAGAAGAUAAUAUCUGGGCUAAUAGGCAAAAGAACACAGAUCCUUCUCUUUGUGAGUUUGAUCUUGAAAAUAAAAGGCACUGGAGACCUUUCUUCAACAAGAACAACAAGGCUAAAUAUCUUAGUAAUGAACUCGAUGGGAUACUGACAGUUCAGGAUAAAAUAAAAUAUCCUGGUGGUGAAGCUAUCAACCUCGCCUAUCUAGAAGAUGAUAUUAAGAAUUAUAUCUCCAGAAAAUUUGCUGAUGAGAGGAUUAAUCAUUACACUCGUUGGAAUCAUAGUUGCUCUGAUAUUCUUCGUGAGACAAUGCGUGAGCUCGAGACUCUUAAGAGAGAAACAUGUUGUCCGCCAGUCUCUUCCUUUAAAAAGCUUAAAGGAGAGGGAAAGCCCACGAAGACAUCGGAUGUCUUUGAUGUCUUAACACAGAACUUGAAUGAGGUAGUAAGAGGAAAGAAGAUCUAUGGUUUCCCCAUAAAUACUACCUUCACUAACCUAGAUGCUCUCUGGGAAGAAGUCAGAAAUACAGGCAUGCAUGAAAUCGUAGGAUCUAACAUAGAGUUUGUCCUCUCAGUGUUUGUAUAUGCCUAUCCGUGCAAUGUCAUAUCUGUAUGGAUUUAUAUGAUGAGUCUCAGUUCUGAAUAAUUUUCAAAAAUAGCCUUGAUAUUUGGUCAUAAAAUUGAUUAAUUUU